CAAGGAGGUACGGGUAUACUAUUGAGCAAGGGGGGAGGCAGAGGGGAGGGUGACUAAGUGAAUGCAGUUGCGUGUCGUGUAUCACAGCGAAGUCCACAGGCAGGCGGACGGAUUGGAUGUGAAUCAACAAAUGGAGACAGAAAAACGGGAUGUAUGCUGCAUAUGAGGGGGGGAGCAAGGGAGGACGAAUUGUCUGCCUUUGUAUCCUUUCAUCUCUGCAUCAAAUACUAGUGUGAGGAACCCAUCGGGAGGGAAAGGGAAACAGCGGACAACUCAUUUCUCUCUAACACCCUUGGAAGCCGAGGAGCUGUGAGCUGCAAUAGAGUAAACUGUGGGACUCACUGGGAUUUUUGAGUAGAAGCUCAUGCCAGUGUGUAUGAGUGAGUGAGUGAGUGAGUGUGUGUCUGUGAGCUGAUAAUAGCAGCUCCAUUGGUAUUCAGCUGAGGGAGCUCCAGGAUCUCGCUGCGCCUUUCCCCAGGAUGGGAUCACAGAGCAGGGAUUGUGCUUGCCUAUGGAGAACCCACUGAAAUGGAUCUGAAGCCUUGCAGAGAUGGACACCAAAUGGGCAGCAUGGAAUCCAGCAUAUACCCUCCAGUGACAAGCUUUCCUCACCUAACUGCCUCCACCAUCUCCAGCCAUCAGCUCAAAGCAUCCCAGCCAGGUCUGAGUCUACAAAGUUGAGGCCGGACAAGCCCGACUGUGAUACCGGGAGCCAUCUACAGGAAGCAGAGAUAAGCUGAGAGGUGGCAGGGCGACAGCUCUCAGUGGAGUCACCGUUCAGCAAACCAAUCAGCGUGUUGAGCAUACAAUUGAGCUUCUUGGACUUCAUCUAAAAUGAAAUAGGCUGCAGUGAUGCUUGUGCAAUGGGAUGGAGCUUCUGGACAUGUCCGGAUUUAUCGAUUGGAUAUCCUAUCGCGAUUACAACACUUUGGUGCACACCUCAGAGCUGGAGAGCAUUUUCAAGAUUGGUUUGUGGGCAAAAGCGAGUAAUUGAAAAUCCCCUCUUGAGAGGCUCUCUGUUCUGAUUUGUUGUGGGGGAGGAGGGUUUAUUUUUUUUACAAGGAACAAUUUCAAAAACCUUCUUUCUUUAUCCCACAAUUUCCCCUUCUUUCUUUUUUACUGUCUUUCUCCCACAUUGCGGAGAAAUACAUUAUGAAGCAGCACCAUUCUUCUUCAUCCUCCCUCAGUGACGGAGAGAGAGGAGGGACAGACUGUCCAGAAUAGAUAACGAGCAAGGAGACCGGCACUUAGGAGAGAAGAAGGGGGAAAAAAAGCAAAAAACAGAGAAACAGGUAGAGAAAGAAAAACAGAGAAGGAGACGGAGAAAGACACAGACAAGCCAAGAAAAUAGAAGUCAGAGAAUUAACUAGGAUUGCUCAGAAUCCUUUUGGAUACUUAGUCUCUUUGUAACUCGACUGUGCUGUGUUGGAGGCUAGUUAGUGCAAUGGGCAGGAGAGGGUUCAGGAUUUACACCAGGAGGGCGACUUAAGCAGAAGACAAGUGUUUUGUCCUGUCUGAACCUUCGUGGCCUGUAUCUUAGUGGUUGGGAGGAUGGCAGUCUGAAAGAUGGCUUGGUAAACAGACAACUGUGCUGAAUGACAGACAAACUCUGAGACUAGUGAGACAGACAGACAAGAAUAGAGACAGACAGGAAGACAGAUACACAGACUGAGCGUCAGGCAGAGAGCCAGGCAGACAGCCAGUGCCGGCACAGUAGACAGCAUGCAAUUCAUUGUCAUUCUAUGCAACGUGUGAAGAGACGACAGAGAGAAGGAAAGAAAGCAGAGACAGAAAGAAAGAAGAGGAGUGUCUGUAGUUGUAGUUUUUGGAGAAUCUCACUUCAUCUGCAUCCAUCUCAGUCAGUACUGUGGCAAGCCCAUGCACUAAAAAAAAGCUGGGAGGGAGGGAUCUAUUACUAGAAAGGAAAUACAGGUUGGAGAGAGGGAAGGAGAGAGGUAGAGAAGCAGGGAAAGAAACAGAGGGAGAGAGCAGGUGUUGGAAAUCCUCCCCUUCAUCUGCUUGUCAUUUAUUCCUUUAUGCCCUCUCGUCUCGUCUGACACAAUGAUUGGUGUUCUGAUGCCAGUGUUCCUCUGCUUAUAGGCCCUCUGCAAUCUCUAGAAAAUCAAGAGGAAAGGACAGCAAGAAGGGAAAGGUGGAGCCCUUUUUGAAUUGACAUAUUUUUGCCACUUUAAUUUUUGUGUCAAGAUGGGUUUAUCUUUUUUUUUGGUUUCUUUCUUGAAGUAAUAGAAAGAAGACAAUUGUUUUUUUUUCUUGCAUUUUUUCUAUAGGGAUUAUUUUCUCCAUCUGAGUAUUAACACUUGAUUCCUCCAAAUUAACUCUAUAUGUCUUCACCCCCAAUGGCGAAGUGUGAACUCCUCUGACUUCCCCAUGGCAUCACCCCUUGCCUGAAGUACUGAAACUCUGUGGUUUCAGAUCUCGAUGCCUCGGUUGACUCACUGCUACAGCGAUAACAUGGCACGGCGCUUUUGAUACCGUCUGAUUCAUUCUUGGCUAUCUCUCUCUGUAUCUGAAGAACUGAUGGUAUCUCCCUCCCACUGUGAAUUUCCUACUCUCCAGGUGGUGGUACAGGAAGCCAGCAGACCAUUCUCCAUGAGGAGCGGUAGAAGAUGCCGGCUCUGCCAGCACUGCUGCUGUCAAUACACUUCCUCUCCUUCCUGCUAGUUACCAUGCCGCCACGCUCCCUAAGUCAGGCCCCUUUGCUCUCCUCUGUCCGCAUGGCGGCAAUCCUGGAUGACCAGUCUGUGUGUGGGCGUGGGGAGCGGCUGGCCCUGGCCCUGGCCAGGGAGAACAUCAACAGCGUGAUGGAGGGUCCAGCCCGAGCGCGAGUGGAGGUGGACAUAUAUGAGCUGCAGAAAGACUCCCAAUACGACACUACUGACACCAUGUGUCAGAUUUUACCCAAAGGCGUCGUCUCUGUGAUAGGUCCGGCCUCCAGCCCCGCCUCUGGCUCUACUGUCAGUCAUAUAUGUGGGGAGAAGGAGGUCCCUCAUGUAAAAAUUGGUCCGGAGGAGACUCCACGCUUGCCGUACCUGCGCUUUGCCUCUGUGACUCUGUACCCUAGCAACGAGGACCUGAGUCUGGCCAUAGGAGCCAUCUUACGCUCGUUCAGCUACCCCUCAGCCAGCCUGGUCUGUGCCAAGGCUGAGUGCCUGUUGAGAUUGGAGGAACUGGUCCGCCGCUUUCUCAUCUCUCGGGAGACGCUGUCAGUAAGGAUGCUGGAUGACAACCUGGACCCUACGCCACUGCUGAAGGAGAUCCGUGAUGACAAAGUGGCGACCAUCAUUAUUGACGCCAAUGCUUCUGUCUCCUAUCUUAUCCUCAAGAAGGCAUCAGAGCUGGGGAUGACAUCAGCAUUUUAUAAGUACAUCCUCACCACCAUGGAUUUCCCUCUGCUGAGACUGGAUGACAUAGUGGAUGAGCAAUCCAAUAUUGUGGGUUUCUCCAUGUUUAACACGACCCAUCCCUUCUAUUUGGAGUUCAUCAGGAGCCUCAACCUCUCUUGGAGAGAGGGCUGUGACCUAACGUACCCCGGCCCUGCGCUCUCGUCAGCGCUGAUGUUUGAUGCGGUGCACGUGGUGGUGGGGGCGGUGAGGGAACUGAACCGCAGUCAGGAAAUUGGAGUGAAGCCACUCAGCUGUACCUCGCCUCAGAUAUGGCAGCACGGGACCAGUCUCAUGAACUACCUGCGUAUGGUGGAGUACGAUGGUCUGACAGGGCGAGUGGAGUUCAACAGCAAAGGUCAGAGGACCAACUACACCCUGCGGAUCCUGGAGAAACACAGAGGAGGCCACAAAGAGAUCGGAAUCUGGUACUCUAACAACACCCUGGCAAUGAACUCCACCAGUCUGGAUAUUAAUGUCUCAGAGACGCUGGCAAACAAGACCCUCAUUGUCACCACCAUACUGGAGAACCCAUAUGUGAUGCGUAAAGACAACUACCAAGACUUCCAGGGCAACGACCAGUACGAGGGCUUCUGUGUUGACAUGCUAAGGGAGAUUGCAGACAUCUUAAAAUUCUCCUUCAAGAUCAAGCUGGUGGAUGAUGGGCUGUAUGGGGCUCCAGAGGCCAAUGGCUCAUGGACUGGCAUGGUCGGAGAGUUAAUCAACAGGAAAGCAGACCUGGCCGUGGCAGGCUUCACCAUCACAUCAGAAAGAGAGAAAGUUAUUGACUUCUCUAAGCCGUUCAUGACCCUGGGGAUCAGCAUCUUGUACAGAGUUCAGCUGGGUCGGAAGCCAGGUUACUUCUCCUUCCUCGAUCCCUUCUCUCCAGCUGUCUGGCUCUUCAUGUUGCUCGCCUACCUGGCUGUCAGCUGUGUGCUCUUCCUGGCUGCAAGGUUAAGCCCCUAUGAGUGGUACAACCCUCACCCAUGCCUGCGAGAGCGUAGAGACAUGCUGGAGAACCAGUACACUCUGGGAAAUAGCCUUUGGUUUCCUGUGGGUGGCUUCAUGCAGCAGGGAUCAGAGAUAAUGCCCAGAGCCUUGUCCACCAGAUGUGUUAGUGGGGUGUGGUGGGCGUUCACCCUGAUCAUCAUCUCCUCCUACACGGCCAACCUGGCAGCCUUCCUGACCGUCCAGAGGAUGGAGGCUCCAAUCGAGUCUCCAGAUGAUUUGGCUGACCAGACCAACAUUGAAUAUGGCACCAUCCAUGGAGGGAGCACCAUGACUUUCUUCAUGAACUCACGGUACCAGACGUACCAGCGGAUGUGGAACUACAUGAACUCCAAGCAGCCUAGUGUAUUUGUGAAAAGCACAGAGGAGGGCAUCGCCCGCGUGCUCAACUCCAAGUAUGCCUUCCUGAUGGAGAGUACUAUGAACGAGUACCAUCGCGGCCUCAACUGUAAUCUCACAAAGAUAGGAGGUCUGCUGGACACCAAGGGCUACGGCAUUGGCAUGCCACUGGGAUCUCCGUUUAGAGAUGAGAUCACACUGGCCAUCCUCCAGCUGCAGGAGAAUAACAGGCUGGAGAUACUGAAGAGGAGGUGGUGGGAGGGAGGCCAGUGUCCUAAAGAAGAGGACCACCGUGCCAAGGGUCUGGGCAUGGAGAACAUUGGGGGCAUCUUUGUGGUUCUAAUCUGUGGCCUCAUUAUUGCCGUGUUUGUGGCCAUUAUGGAAUUUGUGUGGUCCACACGCCGCUCGGCAGAGACCGAUGAGGUAUGCCCCCAUACCUGCCCUCGCCGACCCCACAGACACUCCCCAGUGUCUGUCUGUCAGGAGAUGAUCACAGAGUUCCGAAACGCCGUCUCCUGUAAAAAGAGCUCCCGUAUGCGCCGCCGUCGGCCCCUGAGCAGCUCAGCAGCCUUGCGCCACCCCACCCGCAUUGCUCUGGGGGCCCCUCGGCCCCUGCGCCUUGUCCGGGAGAUGCGGCUCAGCAACGGCAAGCUGUAUAGCGGAGCUGGCCCCCUGACAGGUGGAGCUGGAAGUGGAGCAGGUGGGACAGGACCGCCAGAUCUGGGCCCUGGUCCUCAGCGGAUUCUAGAUGAUCCACUGGGUGCCAACACCACCCCACCUCCACCUGCCCCCACGCCUGUGAUGCUGCCUGCUCGCAGCUGCACCCACGUGAGGAUCUGCCAGGAGUGCCGAAGGAUACAGAGCCUAAGAUCAGGCAGCAGUAUAGGAUCGACAUCAACAAGAAUACCACCUUCAUCUGCCCCUCUGCCUCGGCUACCUCCACCUCCGCCCCCGUCCUCGUCCAACACAGACAGUGAGGGUGGAGGGGCACCCAGCCCAAGACGACUAAAUCAGAGUCCACCACCUCACACUCCUCGACCCAUUCCACCUUCACAGAGCAGCAACACCACAGACCUACUGGGAGACCAGGACUGAGCCCAGAGUCAGAUGAGGGUAGAUGAGAGGACUGCAGGGAGCCUGUGAUGUUAGUGAAAGACAUUUCUGCUGCUUAGAGAAACACCAUUUCCACAGGUGAAAUUCAUCUCAGAACAAAAAAAAAGUGGGAGAUGAGGGAGAGAAGGGGAAGAGAAAGGAUUUGAAGUCAUCAAGGCCAGCUCGCAGAAGAUGAAAUGACCUUACAAAGAGAGCUGAAUGAGGAUAACUAACACAUUCUCAUGUUGAGCUUGAGGCUUAUAGCUGUAGAACUGGCUAUAAGGUGGUCUUCUGUAAUCAGUUGUGAUGAACAUCUCAGUUUGGACAAAUCUGAGAGGAAAUGCACAUGACCAGAUGAUGGUUUCCAUUGGCCUCUUUUUGCCUCCUUACUCCCCUCUCAUCUCACAUUUAAGGAUGUGAGUGCUGGUUUUCUUCCACAGACACUUCCCUGGAAGCUAACUAGCCCUUCAGUAAAACGAAGCCCUGCUGAAUGACAUACUGUAUACGUAUGUGAUUUAAAACAGCAACUAAAAGACUUCAGAGAAUAAUUUGCUGUUGUUUUUUUUCUUUUGUUGUCUUUAUUUUGUUACCAUUGUCCUAAGUGGGAGUAACAAAUACAGACUAUGUGUGACAAUAUGGUGGAUUUUAACAUGCUAAGAAACUUGACAACGGCUAAUUGUGUCAAGAGUUUUGUGUCCCUCCCUGUGCCCCAUAGCUGCUUUUUGGAUGACUUCAAGGAAGGUAGAUAAAAUGACUUCAAAAGAACAUAAUGCAAACAGUAGCAGAGAAAACAGUUUGCCUGUCUUUCUUUACUCUGUGUGUGUGUCUGUGCGUGCAUGGGUGUACACACGUGCAAAAUUUGUGCUUCAUGUAAGUCUGUCUCUAACUGCUCAGAUUAGGGAAAUGAUGUACUUAGCAUCAGUACCCUUCUACCAGUGUAAUCAGACAGCCACAAAAAAUGAGAAAGAGCAUGAGCAAGAGGUUUUGAAAUGUGGAAUUAGUGUGUCUUUAUCCUGGGUAAUGCUUGCCAAGACUUCACUUCUUUUUCACCUCUGUUCAGACACCAUAGAUGAGAUAGAGAGACUGGGCAAGCCAAGACCGACAAGGUAGAGAAUAACUGAAAGAGAGGAGAUAGAGAGAGCCAGAAAGGGAAAAGGACACUAGUGAAUUGGAAUGAGAAAUCCCUCGCUGAACUACUUCCAUUAUUAGAUCUGUCCUGAUCUGUUAAUUCUGGGCAUCUUUUAAGGAGCUUGUUAAUGUGCCAGCAGGCUUUAGCUGCCGCUUCUUCCCUUCUCUCUGUUCAGCAGACUGACUUGGCCAUCCACAGUCGCGACUCCUGCCAGAAUCAUAGACUCAACAUAGCCUUGUCAAUACUGUCUCAAGCUUUUGAUCGCCUAAUUACUCCCCUCAGUGGCUGGGAACUCAUUUAGGAGAGGGUUGAACACAGUCAAACAUGCCGAUAAAUAGAUUUCAAAGAAAAACAUGUUUUUUUUUUGUUUGUUUUGUUUUUUUAUCAUGGCUGAGAAGAGAAUCUCAUCUUUAAUUAUCUUGUUAAUGUUAAAGCCCUGUAGUUGUAUGAAACUGUUGCUAAACAGUGCAGAAUCUAAACUGUGUAAACAAGGUUCCUUGAAGGGAAUGCUGGUGGAUUUGUUUGUUUUUGCUACUUUAAAAUUAAAAUUGUGUGCACUUCACAUCAUGAUUUAUUCAGCAUUUAUCCAGCAGGCAUACCCACAACAGUGAAGAAGAGAGCCAUGGUACAUGCAUAAUAUUUGCCAUGUGAAAAGCUCCAAUGUCAGUACAUUGUGCAAUCUUGUGACUUCAAGCCGUCCACACUGGUGCUGUGUUGAAAAUUAUGUGUACGUAUUUGUAGGUCUAACGUAGUACGAUUUCCACCGUGACUUUUAUGGAAAAGUGAUCUGGGUGCUCAUUCACAGUUGAAGCCAACAUGUUUAGAGGGAAACAGGCUUAUAUAUUUAUAUAUCUUUCUAACUGUCAACAAAUGUUAAAAACCACAUCCACUAAAUACAUAAUUUACCAUGUGGGCAGCUCAGUCUUAUUCACCCAAAUGCAGUCUCUCUGCUCACCUUGUUGCAGUUGAAGAUGUCAAAUAAAACAGAUCAGAUUUGUUCUCUAUCCGUAGUAAAACAAUGAAGUGUAUUCUGAUGACUUACAUGAAAUCAUGACAGGCACUCAGCACAUUUGGCUAGUAAAGCAUAAUUUCUACUUCGGUUUCUGUCAUCAAGUACACACAGAAUUUAAUAUGCUGCCAUAGAAGCAAAUGUAUCUGUUAAACAGUUCAUCUACUAUUUUGUUUGUAUGACUUUUAAUGCAAACAUGUUAGUUCCAAAACAGCAUAUCAGCUACAUCCUUGAAAGACAUGAACAAAAGUCCCUAUAUUCCACUAUUAUGUCUAAAAUAGAUUUAAAAAGAAAGAAAGAAAGAAACCAAACCAAUGAAAAUAAUAUGACUUAACCAGCAUGAACAAAUGUCACUAAUAUAUGCAGUGCUCAGCUUUUAUACAAUUUAUCAUGAAGCUAAAAUACAACCCCAAACUGCGGUAACUCAAUCCUACGGACUAGCCACAGAUUAUAAUAACACCUGCGAGUGACCUGUGAGGACACAAUAGUACAGUUUAAUGUAGCAGCAGAGAGCAGCAGAGGAAUCAUGCAGAACUUGCAGAAGAAGUUCCCACCCGUAUUCUGCAUUACAUUGCCAGUCUGCAAUGUAAUGCAGAAUACGGGUGGGAAAUGAAAACAACACAAGAACAAACCUGCUAAAUGUCAGGCACACCAAUGCAAGUAAUGCAAAUACUUAGUCACAGAUUUUUGCUUGCAUCCCAGAACAAAAUAGUUGCACUCUUCUAUGAAUGUAAAGCUACAACAGCUGAUUCCCGAGAGCCACUGUUACCUCCUUUCUGACAGCAUAGCUAACUUUUUUUUAAUGUCAUAUCAGUUUUUUAAUAUACAAAUGUGCAUACAACCCUUGUCUACGAAAACCUCAAAGCUUAGCUUUUUCUCCAAUAUGCAUGAAGCUUCCAGCUGUUUUAACCUCUAACUGAGCAGCGUCCCGCUAUCAUCUCAGAUCGUAAAAAGCAGCAGGAGUUGCUAGUGCCACAACAAGGGCAGGAUCUCUCACCGGCUUCCCACUCAUCCAUAUCCAGUAAUAAAACAGGGAGACAACAAGCAAAACCACCAGUUCACCCUUUGCAAAUCUCUGAAAAAUGCAGACAUUGUUGUUUAGGGUAGCAUUGUAUUGCUGUAUAAAAUUAUGCAGUUUGCAGUAAAGCAAAUGUGUUGACAAUGUUGUGUUCCAGAAAAUGAUAACAAUGUUUGCACAUAUGCUGUGUCUCUGAAUGACUGCUGAAAGCAGACACAGGCCUGAUUUGAUGUUUCUCUUUGUGUACUUCUGCCUUUGUGUCCAGAAUGCUGACAAAGCAACAUGAGCCAACCUUUUCCUCAAGUUGUCACAGUACGCACACAAACAAAAACAUACUCACCCACAACAUCUUCGUCUCUGAUUCCUCCCUAAACUGUACACCCACUGUUUUCAGAUCUGUCUUUAGAGUUAGUUUAAGGUCCUCUUUGGUUCUUACAAAUUUUCAAAACUUGAUAUGUGACAGCACCAUAUAGUCAUCAAGUGGUUAUUGGCAGCUUUGAACCGUCAGCUGGAAGCAUUUAUGAGUGGCGCAGCAUUGAGUGGACAAGCAAGAGGAGGGUGCAAACCCUACACAGCCAAAACAUUCUGAAUGUGAGUUUAAGAGCGGAGGGAGGGUCACAAAACAAACAAAUGGGGUGUUUGAACAGUCACUCCACAAAACAAGCAUUUGUCUACUUUUAUGUUAUUUUCUUUGGUAUUUUUUUCAUAUUUCUAUACUAGUGCUAAAUGGAUUAUUAAAAUUGAAUAUUAUGAUUAAAUUGUUAUUCCUAUUGAAGAGAAAGAGGUUCUAUAGUGUGCUUGUGGGUGAAGGGGGGACGAUGGGAGGAGUUGGGAUGAAAGUGCAAUUGCCCUAUUGUUCAAACCUAUAGACACACAGACUUCUUUUUGGAAUAAAAACAUUCAAACAGU